CAUCUCCCAUUUUCUUUCUUUCCUUCUGGUUCCUUCAUUUGUUGUUCAUGUUCCUAAGCUUUGGUGGGUUAGUAAUGAGUACACCUCCAAAUAUGGCAACAAUCACAGCCGCCUUAGAACGCUCUCUUCAGAACUGUUCCUUAAGCCGCCGCCGCCGCCAUCAUGAUCAUCAUCACCAACAACAACAAGCCCCAAAUUCCUCUUCUUCUGAUCUUCUUCAACCUCCCACCACUUUGGACCUCAACUCCCAUAUCUCUCUCCCUUACCACUGGGAGCAGUGUCUCGAUCUAAAGACGGGGGAGAUUUACUACAUAAACUGGAGGAAUGGAAUGAAGGCGAAGGAGGAUCCGAGGCCUAUCACAGAAGAUCAUUAUAGUGAAGAUUACUAUUACUCGGAUGACGAUGACGAUGAGGAUAGCGACGAGUCGUCGACGGAGUCAUCGAAUAACAACAACGAGAACAAGAAGAACUAUGCAGCGAUGGAAGAACAGGAGGAAGAAGAAGAAGAGGAGGAGGAUGUGUUGGUGGUGGCAGGUUGCAAGAGCUGCCUAAUGUAUUUUAUGGUGCCAAAGCUGGUUGAAGAUUGUCCAAAAUGCAGUAAUGGUCAGCUUCUUCAUUUUGAUCGCUCUGAAAAUGAGAUUCCAUGAAUGACACAACUUUCCACUUGCUUUUCUUUCUGGGUUUUUUUUUGCUUUGAUUCAUGGGGGAAUGAGAGGAAGAAGAAGACAGAGAGAAACCCUUUUCAUUUUUGCCUUUCAAAUUGUUUCCAUGUGUAUUUGUAUUUGUCAGAAAAGGAGGCCAAUGGGUUUUGGUUUUGGUUUUGGUUUUGGUUUUGGCUUUGGCUUUUGUUUUUAUAAAUUUCUUCAUUUUUUGUU